ACCUCAAAGAGACACAGCUAGCUAGGGUUUUGUUUCGCUUUCUUUAUAUCCCUGAUUAUGUACAGACUUCACUUAGUCGCUUGCAGCCGAGAAGAGAGGUUUCUCCUGCCAAGUGCUACAUUUCGACCGGACGGUAGGUAAGUCAUGAAACAUAACAAUGUUGUGCCUAAUGGGCACUUUAAGAAGCACUGGCAAAACUAUGUCAAGACAUGGUUUAAUCAACCUGCUCGUAAAACAAGGAGAAGAAUUGCUCGCCAGAAGAAAGCUGUGAAGAUCUUUCCUAGGCCCACAGCUGGACCUCUUCGCCCAAUUGUUCAUGGACAGACUUUGAAGUACAACAUGAAAGUGAGGGCUGGAAGAGGGUUUACUCUUGAAGAGCUCAAGGCUGCAGGAAUUCCAAAGAAACUUGCCCCUACAAUUGGCAUUUCUGUUGAUCAUCGCAGGAAAAACCGCUCUUUGGAGGGUCUACAGGCUAAUGUUCAGAGGCUGAAGACCUACAAGGCCAAAUUGGUUGUCUUCCCAAGACGUGCCCGCAAGUUCAAGGCUGGUGAUUCUGCUCCUGAGGAGCUGGCUACAGCAACCCAAGUCCAAGGUGAAUACCUGCCAAUUGCACGUGAGAGGCCAUCUAUAGAGCUUGUUAAGGUGACUGAAGAGAUGAAGUCAUUCAAGGCAUAUGACAAGCUGCGUGUGGAGCGGAUGAACACCCGCCAUAUUGGUGCAAGGUUGAAGAAGGCUGCAGAGGCCGAGAAAGAAGAAAAGAAGUAGGGAGUUGUGAGCUUCAUAUUUUACGUUGGACUGGUUUUUGCUAUAUUUUCUUUAUUCUGUUUACUGGAAAUUUCUCAAAUCAUUAGCCUUAGCCUUGGUAAUGUUGUUUUAGUUUUAUGAGAUAUAUAAUAUGGUUGGACUUGUCUUCAUCAGAAUUUUGGCACUGUUUUUAUGCUCUACGAAAGUAUUGGUAACAGAUAUUAGCCA